AUGUUUGGUCAAGUGCACACGGCGCUUGUUCGACCGGUACUGGUCGUGGGGGCGCAGAAGAUCCUGGAUCUCGUUACGGAUCAUGCCCCCAGUGACCUUAAGCUCUUCUUCCAACGCGAGACAGCGAAAGUAGUCGAAAAAGUGAAAACUUACGUCGCCUCCCCUGUGGAGCAGGCGGGUGAUUCUGCUCGCAGUGUUGAGGUCGUUCUCGCAAGCGCAGGCUGUGCAGGGAGUAUGCGUCUUGGUGUUGGCCGCUGGCUCACAUAUACAGCAAAACGCAGAGCCAUUGUCUUUGGGCAUGGUACAUACGAUACGGGUAGACCACAGGACAUUGUUGCACACAACGUUGCGAAGGCAACACAUGGAGGGGAGUUCCACGGCUUCGGACAAGGCGGCGGAAUUGAUAAUGCGGGUGGGACGGUUAAGCUCCAUGAUGAUCGACGCAGGGUAAACUGA